AUGACCAUGUCUCGGACUCGCCAAAUACCGUCUGAGCCAGCAAGUAGUUCUCAACUGGAAUUGACAGAGGAGCAUACCAACACUUCGUCAGCUAUUCCAGGUCCAGCAACACUGAGGUUAAGAGCAGCAGAUGAGCCUGCUGCUAACCGGCCCGAAAUGAAUGAGGGCACCUCCCGACGUAUACGCUGGAGUGAAGAUGUCAUAGAUAACGAAGGAAUGGGAAAAAAGAGUUCCAAAGUGUGCUGCAUCUAUCACAAAAGCCGACCUAUUGGCGAUAGUAGCUCCGAGUCCGAAUCCUCGGACUCCAGUACUUCUAAUUCGGACACAGAUAGCGACGGCGAAGCGGCCUGCCAUAGAAGGACGGGACACCGCCCGCCUACAGGGCAGGGAGAAGACUAUGCUUCUUCUGGUCAGAGGCCUCCAUCGAACAGAGAAGGAAGAACCUGCCGAUCAAGUCACCGAACGAGGAAAACGAAACGAAAACCAAGCCCAAAUGCCUAUGAGAAAAUGCCAAAGACUACAAAGGGCCGUUAA